AUGCCAUCCAUAACCACCGUUGCCGUGCAGUCGGCGAUUCUCAAAGCCGCCGCAAACCUCACAGCCCAGACACUGACGCGAUGGGACCCGCAAUCGUCCUCGCCAUCGCCAUACGACUGGACUCGCGUCGCAGAAUUCGCAGCCUUCGGUGUCGUGUCUGCGCCACUAGCGUCCGCGUGGCAGCGACUUCUUGAGGACGGGUUCCCCAGCCAGCGACAGCAUCGACGCCGCAGCAUGACGCAGGAGUCGGUGGCCGACAAAGAUGAAACUGAAAACUCGACAAAGGCGACCGCUCGGCUGAGUUGGGGAAACAUCCUGAUCAAACUCCUGCUCGACCAGACGAUCGGGCAAUUUCUCAUCAAUGUGACGUUUCUGGUUUGUACCAAUGGCGCGAGAAUCGAAAGUUGGAGUGCGUUGGCCGGAGAGAUCUACGGACGUAUCUUUGGAAUCAUCUGGGCGAGCUGGAAAUUGUGGCCCUGGGUUGCUCUCGUCAAUUUCAUCUGGGUCCCCGUGCAGUGGAGAGUGCUUGUCGGGUCGCUGGUGGGGUUUGGUUGGAAUAUCUUUCUGAGUAUUUGGUCGAUGAGGAGGUAG